CAAAAAUUAAAUAUUCAAUGGGAUUAGAUAUCAAUUUAUUAAGAGAAGACAAAGGUGGAAACCCUAAUUUAGUGAAAGAGUGGUGCUAAAAGAGAUUUUAGGACCCAGCCAUCGUGGAUAAGGUUGUCGCUCUAGAUUAAGAGUGGAGAAAAGCCAGAUUUAAUCUUGAUCAACUGAACAAAGAGUAUGGUAUUGCCAACAAGAAGAUUGCUGAAAAGAAGAAGGCCAAUAAACAAGACCCAUGUGUUGAGGAAGUCGAAUAAGCCAAAGCUAUAGAUCUUAAAAUCAAAGAGGCUCAAAAAGUUGAAUAAGAGUAAGAAAAUAUCUUAACCAAAACCCUCAACAAAAUCGGAAACUUAGUACAUGAAUCAGUGCCUGUUUCCAAGGACGAAGCUGAAAACAGAAUUGAAGUAACAUGGGGCCAAAUUCCCAACAUUCAAGUCAAUAGUACUCCAGGCAGAUGUCACCAUCAUGAGAUCUUGUUUAUGAUUGAUGGUGUUGACCUUAAGAGAGGCUCCAAAAUAGCAGGCCAUAGAGCCUAUUUCCUUAAGGGACCAGGACUCCUAUUAAAUCAAGCUCUUGUGAGCUAUGGAAUUCAAUUCCUCAACUAAAGAGGUUACACUCCUGUCCAAACACCAUACUUCAUGAAGAAAACAUGUAUGGCAGAAACAGCUCAAUUGUCUGAUUUCGAUGAUCAAUUGUACAAGGUUACUGGAAAUCAAGAUGAUGAGGAUCUCUAUCUUAUUGCCACAUCAGAAUAACCAAUUUCUGCUAUGUAUAGAAAAGAAUGGUUAGAGGCUAAAGAUUUACCAAUAAAAUACGGCGGUAGUUCAACUUGUUUCAGAAAGGAAGCUGGUGCUCAUGGCAAAGAUGUUUGGGGAAUAUUCAGAGUUCAUUAAUUUGAAAAGAUUGAACAAUUUGUUAUUUGUCCUCCAGAAGAAUCAUGGAAAUUCCAUGAAGAAAUGAUUACUGCUGGAUAAGACUUUGUGAAAUCUUUAGAAUUACCUUACAGAGUAGUCAAUAUUGUUUCUGGAGCAUUGAAUGAUGCUGCAGCCAAGAAAUACGAUUUGGAAGCUUGGUUCCCAGGAUAUAAGGAUUAUAGAGAAUUGUAAUCUUGUUCAAACUGUCUUGACUAUUAAUCAAGGGCUCUUGAAAUUCGUUAUGGUGCUAAAAAGGCUGAUGAGAAGGAGAAGAAGUAUGUCCAUAUGCUUAAUGCAACAUUGUGUGCAACAGAAAGAACUUUAUGUUGUAUUUUGGAGAAUUAUUAAACAGAAACUGGAGUUAAAGUUCCAGCUGUUUUGUAACCAUAUGUUGGCAAGGAUUUCAUUCCCUACGUUAAACCAUUGCCUAAGAAGGAAGAUCUAGGUGCAUGAAGAAUAUUAUAUACAAAAUAAUAUAUUUAAUAGAUUUCAAUA